CGCACCCAAUGAAGCUAGUGGCUAAAUUUGUGUCUUAAGUAUUAAACAGGAGGUGCACGUAGUGAUAGCCUCUUCCUGCUGCUGACUUGAGCUGAAGACGUCCCAUGUCCCACCGCAAAUUCUCUGCUCCUAGGCAUGGCCACUUGGGCUUCCUUCCUCACAAGAGAAGCCGUCGCCACCGAGGGAAGGUGAAGACGUGGCCUAAGGAUGACCCCAGCAAACCAAUCCAUCUGACAGCUUUCAUGGGCUACAAAGCUGGCAUGACACACACACUGCGGGAGGUGCACAGGCCUGGACUCAGGAUCUCCAAGAGGGAGGAGGUGGAGGCUGUGACCAUCAUUGAGACCCCACCAAUGGUGGUGGUGGGAGUUGUGGGAUACAUAGAUACACCAAAGGGCUUGAGGAAUUUCAAGACUGUUUUUGCUGAGCACAUCAGUGAUGAGUGCAGACGACGUUUCUAUAAGAACUGGCACAAGAGCAAGAAGAAGGCUUUCACCAAGUACUGCAAAAAAUGGCAGGAUGAGGAUGGCAAGAAGCAGCUGGAGAAAGACUUUGCAGCUAUGAAAAAGUACUGCAAGGUCAUUCGUGUCAUCAUGCACACACAGAUGAAGCUGCUUCCACUGAGGCAAAAGAAAGCUCAUGUGAUGGAGAUUCAGCUGAAUGGUGGGACAGUGGCUGAGAAGAUUGAUUGGGUCCGUGAGAGGUUGGAGAAGCAGAUCUCUGUGCACAGCGUCUUCAGCCAGAACGAGAUGAUUGAUGUCAUUGGUGUGACCAAGGGGCAUGGGAUGAAAGGGGUGACAAGCCGUUGGCACUCCAAGAAGCUCCCCAGGAAGACACACAAGGGCUUGCGCAAAGUUGCCUGCAUUGGAGCCUGGCACCCAGCCCGGGUCGGCUACUCCGUUGCUCGUGCUGGCCAGAAGGGCUACCACCACCGCACAGAGCUCAACAAGAAGAUUUUCCGCAUUGGCCGUGGAAUCCACGUGGAAGAUGGCAAAGUGGUGAAGAACAAUGCCUCAACAAAUUAUGAUGUCACGGAGAAGAGCAUUACACCUCUGGGUGGCUUUCCUCACUAUGGGGAGGUAAACAAUGACUUCCUAAUGCUGAAGGGCUGUGUCGUGGGCCCGAAGAAGCGUGUGCUCACUCUGAGGAAGUCCCUUCUGGUGCAUACACGCCGUCGAGCUCAUGAAGCCAUUGAACUCAAAUUCAUUGAUACCACUUCCAAGUUUGGCCACGGCUGCUUCCAGACAGCUCAGGAGAAGCGUGCAUUCAUGGGCCCUCAGAAAAAACACUUGGUGAAAGUGAAGCCAGGUGCGCAAGAAGAGCUGUAAGGGAUGAGAUGCACAAGGCUUCCUAAUUGGACAAACUUCAAUAAAGAGUCUUCAAGCUGUG